AUGAAACUCGGCUACCUUACUAGAUUUGCGGCCCAGCCUUCGAUCGGCACGGAGUACAAGGAACUGCCUCUCUACCUUUUUGCGCUGGUGGGCGUUAUUGUAGUGCUUUUGGCUGGUGCGCAACUACUGCGCUUCCUUUACCGCCACCUGCUUCGAAGGCCCUCGCGCCUUGCCGACAAGUUUCGUGGGGAUUGGGCCUUCAUCACAGGAGCGUCCUACGGAGUAGGUGCAGGUUUUGCUAGAGAGUGUGCGCGUCGUGGUCUCAAUCUUGUUCUGUUGGCACGCUCAGCAGAGAAGCUAGCGGCUGUUGCAGCGGACUGCGAACAGCACGGCGUUGCUGUUCGCGUGGUGGCUUUCGACCUGGCCCAGGCUUCAGAAGCGGAAUGGAACGAACUCUUUGAAGGUAUUUGUGAUUUGGAGAUAUCUGUCCUUAUCAAUAACGCUGGUGUCAACCUAGAGUUUCCUACGGAGUUUAUCGAUAUGGACGAGGCAGCCAUCGAGCGGAUCGUGCGCGUGAACAUUUGCGCUAUGAACAAAAUCACACGAAGACUACUACCGAAAAUGAUUGAACGGAAGAAGGGAUGCCUCAUAUUUUUGUCUUCGGCCGGAGGUGCUGUAGUUCCCUGUCCGUUGCUCUCCGUGUACGGCGGCACAAAGGCGUACAUCGAUGCAUUCGCCGUUGCGUUGUCUGGUGAAGUCCGUCGGCACAAGAUUGCGGUUCUGUCCCUGACACCAUUUUGGAUUACCAGCGAGAUGAGCAAGAUACGACGCGCCAACUGGAUGGUGCCCUCCGCGGACGCGUUCGCACGGCUCGCUUUGGAUCGUCUUGGAUUGGAGCUGCGCUCGAAUCCGCACUGGGCACAUGAGCUCAUAGCCUUGGGCUUAAAAGCCACCCGCAGCCUGCCCGCACAGGUUGCAUAUGUUGAACGUUUGCAUCGGCGUAUACGAGAGCGAGCCUUGCGCAAACUUAAGCGACAGCAAUGA